CCCUGGGAUUCAACCCCAGGCUGAGAAGAGCCAGUUCUUGACACAGUUUUCCCUCCUCAAAGGUGUUCUGCACCUCUGCUCCUGUCUCUACUCACUCGCUCCUUGACUGCAGAAGGAAGGAGGCUGAGAGGAAUUCUCCACCCAUGGGUUGGGGAGCAGGGGUUGUUGGCUGGCAGUACCAGGUUCUAAGGUGCCCCGGGGUAGAGGGUGGAGAGGUCCGCAGGUAAAGGCUGAACCAGCUCCUUCAAGGUGCCUUUACUGACCCUGCAGCCCUUUCCUCAUGAAGCCCAGGUUUUUCAUGGAGGUUUUAGGGAUCUGCUCUUCAUACCCGCUUCAGGGGGCCCUAUUGGCUCUUGUCUCACUCUCUGGGCCCUGUUUAACCCUAAGCAGCAAUGGAAGGAAUGACACCAAGGAGGAUGUCUUUGUUCACCAGACAGCUAUUAAGAGAAACAACCCCAGGAAGUUUCUGCGCAGCGUUGGGGAUGGGGAGACCGUGGAGUUCGAUGUCGUGGAAGGAGAGAAGGGUGCAGAAGCUGCUAACGUAACUGGGCCUGGGGGGGUGCCAGUGAAGGGCAGCCGCUAUGCCCCCAACCGACGCAGGUUCCGCCGAUUCAUCCCCCGGCCCCGCCCAGCUGCCCCGCCACCCAUGGUGGCAGAGGCUCCAUCAGGUGGAACAGAGCCAGGCAGCGAAGGGGAGCGUGCUGACGACUCCGGGCAGCGGUCCAGACGACGGCGCCCACCACCCUUCUUCUACCGACGGCGCUUCGUGCGAGGCCCUCGGCCCCCCAACCAGCAGCAGCCCAUAGAGGGCACGGACGGGGUAGAACCCAAAGAGACAGCCCCGUUGGAGGGAGACCAGCAGCAGGGGGAUGAGCGGAUACCCCCACCCAGAUUCCGGCCCAGGUACCGAAGGGUCCUCACUUCUUGCCCCAGGCCUUUCCGCCCCAGGCCACCUCAGCAGCCCACCACAGAAGGUGGGGAUGGCGAAACCAAGCCCAGCCAAGGCCCCACGGACGGCUCCCGACCUGAGCCCCAGCGCCCACGAAACCGCCCCUACUUCCAGCGGAGACGGCAGCAGCCCCCGGGACCCAGGCAGUCCACAGCCCCAGAGACCUCAGCCCCCAUCAACAGUGGGGACCCCUCAACCACCAUACUGGAGUGAUUCCAACUCAAAGGACACUCAGAGCCACCAUCUGGUAUCUGCCAGUUUUUCCAACUGACCUGUAUCUUACCCAGCACCUCCCUCCCCUCUUUCCCAUAAUUCAUGACAUCAAAACACCGGCUUUUCCCCCCAUUCCUUGAGACUCAGGAGGGCCAAAGCAACAGCCUUUUGCUUUUUUUUUUCCUCUCUCCCUUACCAAGGGUUGAAGGAAGGGAUCCAUCCUUAUUGUUCAGAGGCAUCAACUCCCUCCCCUAAAUCAGGCUGAGAAGGAACCAGCCAGCUCUUCCCUCCUCCUGGUUGUUUUUCUUUCCCACCCCAGUUUAUUUUUUGUUUCCCUGCUCCCCCUACCUCUGAAGCCAUUUUAUGAACUGUCAUGUGCCACCUGAGCCUCCAGUAAAAACAAAAACAGGCUUUCCUGUUG